AUGCGCGACACGUUUGCGGACUCUGGACUUCAAUCUCUGCAACCCCAAGGUGGCAAGGAUGCCGCAUUCAUCCUCAAGCAUGAAACGGAGGUGAUUGAGCAACUUGUCACGGCAUUUUCUGAGAACGGCCCCUACCUCCAUUUGCCUCUCAUGGAGCUGGACCCGGAUCUUGCUAAGUGGGAUCUUGAAGACUUCAAGCCCCCCGCGCCGCUCCCCCGAUUCAACGAUCUCGACAACGCCGCCCGCAGCCCCAUCUCUGCGCCCUUGGCAAUCUACCACAACGGGCUCCAUAUCGGCCACACCAUGUGCUACACCUUCAGGAUAGUGUGCCCAACCGCAGCGUGCAAGAAGCCGCAGGAAUAUAUCCAAGUGUCUGGAAACCCCCGGAAACGGUUUUUCCCGCGCAUUUUCGAGUACUGCAAAAAAGACAAGACCUGGCCCUGUUGCAACACGGAGGAGAAAUACCAGGAGAGCGCCAUAUCCGCGCUUGCCGAGCUAGCAAACAAGCACAGUCUCAAUGCGCAAUCGCCAGUGCUGGACGAAGUCGGGAAAUUCUGCGCCACGACGGCCCGAGGGUACCUUGGGCGCAUUCUAGAGCCGAGAUGCCGGGCGGCGCUGGAAGCUUGGGAGAACGGCCUGAACGAACACGAGGAGCGCGAAGCUCUCCCAGCACAUGGUAAUUGCCUGGCUUGGUUGAUCCAACCCCCCGAGGAGCUGGAGACGGUGCUGAAGCACCUCAAACGUUGUGCAGCUGGGAUAUCGCGCAAGGCCAAAGAGCUCGGCGAGCUCUUGAUGCGCAUGGAGAACACGUGGAAAAUGGAGGUCGGACAACUGGAAAAGGAGGCCAAGAGCCUUGGUCUCGAGGGAGAGCAGGCACUCGCUCACAUCAGCAACGGACUCGUCGACUUCGGAUGGCGCCAUGCCUCUUGUAUCUUCUUGCCUAUCAAGGCUAUCUACGGAUCCUUUAUGCUUUUUCACAACAUCGAGGCACCGCAUUCCGGAAGACAAAUGGAGGAUUUGGUUCGGGAGGCCCUGGGUCUAGAACAAUCGAUUGAUUUGGCUCUUUCCGAGCGGUGGGCUAUUACCUGGAAGGCGAAGAAGUAAAUACCAGCCGGGACAAGUUGGCGAGUCAGCACGGUUUGGCUGUGCGAAUUGGGCCUGACCUCGGCUCCGGCCAAAGCAUUGAAUUUGGUCAAGGAUCACACUUUUCCAUUUUUUUUUAUUUUUUUUUUUAUCUUCAUUUUGCACAUAUCUCAGAUGACUCUUAGUUCCGGC